AUGCUCACUUUUAGCUUUUAUAUUAAAAGUUAAAGUAACUUGAUAUCUCCAACAUAAACUGCUGUUCAAGAUAAUUAAAAUAGUUAACCAUAAAAUGAUAUUAAUGAAACAAUUAUGAAAGAAUUUUAAAAGUUUAAGAAAACUUUUAGAAAAAGAUACGCUGAUUCUGAGGGAGAUUAUAGAUUCUAAAUAUUUGCAGAAAAUUAUAACUAUAUUCAUAAUUAUAACCAAAUUAAUGAAAACUCCCAAGAUAAUAUAUAGCUUGAAGUUAAUGAGUUUGCUGAUUUGAGUUUGUAAGAAUUUAGAGAGCUCUAUUUUGGGUAUAACUCUUCUAAGAAACACAACAAUCAGCAAAACGGUUCUACUAAAAAUUUAAGAUAAAGUUUUCUACUAAGUGACUCUGUUCCAGAAUCUGUAGAUUGGAGAGAAAAGCUUGUUGCCCCUGUUUAAAAAUAAGGUGGAUGUGGAAGUUGUUGGGCAUUUUCAACAGUUAUAGCUUUGGAAGGUGCUUAUGCUAAGCAAACAGGUAAUGUUAUAAAAUUUAGUGAACAAAAUUUAAUCGACUGCUGUAGAAUUGAAAACAAUGGAUGUAACGGAGGUGAUCCAGAACCUGCCUUAGAUUGUGUAAUGAAUGUCUUAAAAGGAAUUAUGAAAAAUUAAGAUUAUCCCUAUUAAGCUAUUACUAGAAAGGAAUGUGAUCACGAUUAAUCAAAAAAUGUCUUCAGUCCAGAUGGAUACGAAAAUAUACCUAUAAACAACGAAUUAGCAAUCAAAGAAGCUGUUUCAAGAUAACCGAUAUCUGCUUGUAUUUCAGGUUCCUCAUAAAAUUUCAAAUUCUACAAAGGCGGUAUAGCUGAUGAAAAAUUACUUGAAUGUGAUCCUUAAUAUACAGAUCAUUGCCUAGGAAUAGUUGGAUAUGGUUCUGAAAACGGGAAGCAGUAUUGGAUACUUAAAAAUUCAUGGGGAGAAAACUGGGGAGAAAAGGGAUAUAUCAGAUUAUUAAGAUCUGAUAGCUCAAAUACUCAAGGAACAUGUGGUAUAGCUACUGAGCCAAGAAUAGUAAAUUAGCAAACAAAAAAAUAGCUUGCACAAAUAUGA